AUGUCGACGUUUGAUACUUUGACCGAGCAGGACCUGCAGCAGGAUGAGGCUGAAUUCGAGGUCCGACUGGAGGAAGGACUGGACACCUUUGUCGUUUUCGACGGACUCCCGAUCGUCUCCGAGGAUAACAAGGCCAAGUUGAUUAAAUUCUUGUUAAAGAAGAUUAAGAAAGGUGGUGAUGGCCCCGCCUCGAGUAGCAUGGACCCAAGCCGCCAGAUCUUUUUACCAAUGAAUGAAAAUGGAAUGUCUGAAGGUUUCGCUUUUGUUGAAUAUGACACCCCCGAGGAAGCCUUUGCUGCUAUAAAGACUCUUCAUGGAACGCCUCUGGAUAAGAAACACACCCUAUCAGUAAACAAACUUACUGAUAUAGACCGAUAUGGACGCGAAGGCCGGAUAGAUGAGGAAUACAAACCCCCAAAAAUCGAACCGUUCCAAGAAAAGGAGCACCUCCGAUCAUGGCUGGGCGACCCCAACGCCCGUGACCAGUUUGCGAUGUACCGUGGCGACAAGGUUGGCGUGUUUUGGAAUAUGAAGAAGGAUCCUCCAGAAAAUGUUGUUGACCGAGACCACUGGACGCAAUUGUUCGUACAAUGGUCUCCAAUGGGCACAUACCUGGCUUCCGUUCACCCACAGGGCGUCCAACUCUGGGGAGGACCCCAGUUCAGCAAACAAAAACAAUUUCCUCAUCCAUUUGUUCAACUUGUCGAGUUCUCGCCAGGAGAAAACUAUAUCACCACAUGGUCCAGUCGUCCGAUCCAGAUAGAGGGUGCACCUGGUGUUUUAACAUAUGAUGAAGAUGGAAAGAAUAUAAUCAUUUGGGAUAUUACAACCGGAAAGCCUCUCCGAUCCUUCGUUAGCUAUGACCUAUCUGCUCCCGCCGGCGCCGAUGGUGAUGCCGCCGCACCAAAAAAGAAAGUACAAUGGCCCGCGUUUAAAUGGUCAGCAGAUGAGAAAUAUGUUGCCCGUAUGCUUCAACACCAGUCCAUCUCCAUCUACGAACUACCUCGCAUGAACCUCCUAGACAAGACCGUAGUCAAAGUUGAGGGUGUUAUGGAUUUCGAAUGGUCACCUGCCACAGUCCAGAGAGAGGGUGUCAAACACAAUGAACAGCUCCUCAGCUUCUGGACCCCUGAAAUCGGAAGCAACCCAGCCAAGGUUGGCCUCAUGAGUAUACCCUCAAAGGAGAUUGUCCGCACCCGAAAUCUUUUCAAUGUCUCCGAUGUGAAACUACAUUGGCAGUCCCAGGGUGCCUAUGUCUGCGUCAAGGUCGACCGACACUCUAAGUCCAAGAAGUCAAUGGCUACUAACCUAGAGAUCUUCCGAGUGAAAGAGAAGGGUGUUCCAGUCGAGGUUGUUGACUCGCUAAAGGAUACCGUUAUAAAUUUUGCUUGGGAGCCCAAAGGUGAUCGAUUUGUCCUCAUCACAACUGGUGAAGCCCCCGCUGGUUCGGCCGUUGCUCCAAAAACUGCCGUCUCUUUCUUCUGCCCCGAGAAAGUCAAGGGUGGUGCUAUUGGUAACUUCAAACUCAUUCGCACCAUCGAAAAGAAGACAAGCAACGGGAUCUACUGGUCUCCCAAGGGCCGAUUCGUUGUUGUGGCCACGGUCCAUUCGCAGCAGAAUUUUGAUCUUGAUUUUUGGGAUUUGGACUUUGAAGGCGAAAAGUCAGAGAGCGAGAAGGAUCUAUCAGCCAACCUUCAGCUCAUGAAGACCGUUGAUCAUUUCGGUGUGACCGAUGUCGACUGGGAUCCAACUGGCCGAUUUGUAGUCUCUAGUGCCUCUGCUUGGACUCACUCGUUGGAAAACGGCUACAACAUUCACACAUUCUCUGGCACAACACUAGCCGAACAUCCCACCGAGAAGUUCAAACAACUCCUCUGGCGCCCACGACCCCCAACUUUCCUCUCAAAGGAAGAGCAGAAACAAGUCCGCAAGAACCUCCGCGAGUACUCUCGCGAAUUUGACGAGGAAGACAAGUAUGCUGUUGAUAUCGCCAACACUGCCAUCGUUGAGAUGAGGAAGAGAGUCCUCAGCGAAUGGACUGCCUGGCUCAGGAAGGAGAAGCAAAUGAUUCUUGAGGAGAGGGAAGACCUCGGCCUAUCCCAAGACCCAGAUGAUGACAUAGUUGCCCAACCCACUAUUUCGGCCGCUGAGGGCGAUACAGUGGUGGAAGAAAUUGUGGAAGAAAUCAUUGAAGAGACCGAAGAGAUCAUUACUUAA